CACCAACUUAAAUAACUUACAUUAACGAUUCGCGAGCUUAGAUUGUGGCUGGCUGCAUGCCUCACAGAGCGCACUUGAUAUCCGAAAGUCUCGCACGCUGGCAUCGGUCAGAAAGUGAAUUUCAACCACCGCUCAAUUCGCGACUGAACCUUUGGUUAACCACACGCAGUCGCUCCUCGCAGUCCAAGUGCUUCCAAGACAAAUCCUUCGUGACCAAGAGUCCCUAAACGCCCUCUCUCUGUCGCUCUUGCGCUCCCACCCGAGGAGUGAUAACUUUUCCGGGGACAUAAAAUUCGUGUAAGAUCGAAAGGCAAAAAUAUAUAUUAAAUUUUCAAUUGCCGCAAUUUCAUCACAGGUGAUUUUCUUAGUGGUGAUUAAAUCAGCAAAUAAUGAAAUCGUGCUCAGCCAUUUGUUUUUAUCCCUUCCUCAUCAAAUGAAACACAUUUUACAACAAAACUCUCUUGCCAUUUGGUGACAAUUCCACUGGAACGGAUUUUUCAUCACCAAAUUGGUAGUCAAUAGACGCGACUGGUUUGGAUCCGCAAGACGGAGCUUUCGGCUGACGGUGCUCGAGGAGUGAACAUAUCAAAAUCCGGAGUUUUACUCGCGCUGGAACUUCUUCGCGAAGCGUUGUGCAAAAGGGUGGAUUUUACAGGAGUGUAGAAAGGAUCUGGAAAAACGCCAUGUAAUUUGUGGAUUUCGUGCAGUGCUAAAACAUCCAGUGCUUCCUUGGCAUUAGUCCUUCCCUUUAGCCAACAAAAAUGGGAAUAUUGACUCAUUGGUGGGCAUAGAAUAACAAUCCUCGUCCAGCAAUUCUACCAGUGAAAUUGGAGCUUAAAACUUAAACAAUGGGAUUACACAAACAGUACCUGAAAGUGGGUCGAAAUGCUCGUGAUCAGCUAUUUGGAAUCCCUCCGCCCGACGGCAAGCCCUCCUCACCUGGGCCAACCCCUCUCUCCAUGCUCAUAUCUCAGGGAAUUAAGCUAAACAAUAAUCGUGUGGCUGUGAUAAUAAUAGGAAUUAUAACACUUAUCAUUGGAAUAGUUCUCUCUUCAAUCCCAUGGUUAGAUUACUGUAUUCUUAGGAAUCUUAAGCUUUGGAAUAAUACAAUAAGUUUUCAAUACUGGCAACGACCUGGAGUCGUACGACUGACAAAAGUUUACAUCUUCAAUGUCACAAAUCCCGAGGGAUUUCUCAAUGGUGAGAAACCGAAGCUGGUUGAAGUGGGACCAUUCGUCUACAGAGAGGACAUGGAGAAGACGAAUAUAAAAUUUCAUGACAACUACACAGUCACGUUUCAACAUAAGAAAAUACUUCAAUUUGUUCCUGAGCUCAGUGUGGACAAGAAUCAAAGAAUAGUCACACCAAAUAUACCCCUACUGACUCUCUCAACCCAAAGCAAUAGUUUAGGAUACUUCCUGGCCAAGACCAUUUCACUCAUGCUAACGGCGGCAAAGUACAAGCCCUUCAUCGAAUUGACGGCAGACGAGCUGGUCUUUGGCUACGACGACACGCUCGUGAGUCUGGCGCACAAGUUCUAUCCGCGAAACAAGCGACCAAUGUCGCGAAUGGGCCUCCUAAUAGGGCGAAAUGGAACACUGCCAGAAGUGUCCACGAUCUACACGGGUCACACGGGAAUGGACAAGUUUGGCUAUCUCAAUCGCAUCAACGGACUCGAUCAUCUGCCAUUCUGGGAGGAUCCGCCGUGCAGGAAUAUUUCCGCCUCAGAAGGAUCACUGUUUCCGCCCAGAGACAUCACCAAGGCGGACGUCGUGUACGUGUACGACAAGGACAUCUGCCGAACACUUCCACUCGUCUACAGAGGCCCAGUGGUUAAAGAUGGCCUGGACGCCGAUCUGUACACGAUGCCCGAAGAUGUUUAUGGCGACGCGAAGAGCAAUGGCAACAACAGUUGCUUCGACACAGAAGAAUACAGAGCGACGCGCGGUCUUCAGAACAUCAGUCCGUGCCAAUAUGGCGCUCCUGUUUACAUCUCACAUCCUCACUUCAUGGAAUCCGAUCCAAAGCUGCUCGACAGCGUCGAAGGACUCAAUCCCAAUCGAGUUCAGCACGGAAGCUACUUUAAAAUUCAACCCAAACUCGGCGUUCCGUUGGAGGGCAAAAUUCGAGUGCAGCUGAACUUGAAAGUGGAGAAAUCUUUGCACAUCCAAUCAGUGAAGAACUUCAGAGAUUUCGUCUUUCCCAUCAUGUGGCUCGAGGAGGGCGUCAGUGAACUCACUCCGCCGAUCAGGCGAUGGAUUUACGUGGCGACUGUCUUCGGGCCCACCGCCAUUCCCAUCCUGUCGUACAGCCUGAUCGUGGGCGGAGCCUUCUCCAUCAUCCUCGUCUUCGUGCGGGCGUACAAGAACUUCAUGGCGGAUCCCGCCGUGGAGAUCCUGGAGAUGGGACGCCGAUCCUUGCGCCGCGGCAACAGCUUUAUUGCCCAACAUCAGCUGCGCCUCAUGAACCGCGACAGCUACACUCUGCUGAAGGUCGUCAACGACACAGACUCACCGGACACUUCCCCAACGUGAUCCCCAAUCAUCGUCCUUAAGCUCAAGUCCUCUCGACAUACUCUCUCGCCCCCCCAGUAAGAUUACUGUGACAAUAUCACCCUUCCUCGAUCACUCGCGAUCACUAUUGUUAUAAUUGUGAAAUUGUCAAGCAUUCCACACGACAAUGCUCUAUCUCAACCAGAGUUGACGAUGCGCUAGAUAAGAGAUAAGAGAUGUUCUUGCUUUUGCAAUGGCAAAUUAUUCAAAAGAGAAAAAAAAUCAUGUUUGAUUUGCAUGAAAAGCUAGUCAGAAAAAAAGUGUUGAAUUUUUUUUUUAUAUAAACAAGUGAUUUUAAUUAAUUUAAAUAAACAAUUUUACAAUGUUUGUGUGUAAAGAUUGUUAGACGUAAAAACUGAUUUCUUUAGGACUAGCUAUGAAGUGAAAAUUGGAAAGGUGAAUAAAAAAACUAGUAAAUUACGCAAAGUUGAAUCUAAUUUGGUGCUAAUAUUUGAAAUUUAUCGCGGUUUUUCUUUAACCAACUAUUAAAAAAAAACACUUGAAUUUUAUCCCAUAUCUUAUCUGUUAGGAUAGAUUUAUCAACUCUGUAAAUGUGCUCAAUAAUUUUUAUUUUAAAUAAAUAAAUAAAAGGAAUAACAGAAGAGAAUAAGUGCUUUUGGGAUUAAAUUAUUCGUAAUUUAAAAUCCACUUUUAGUGUUAGUUUUUAUACAUGAAAAGAAAAUACGCUCAUUAGUCUUUUUAACUACUAAAUCGGAGGUAAUAUUAUAGCGUAAGACUUAGAUUGUACACCAACUGUAGCGAUUGUAGGUCAUAAUUUUUGUACUCAAGGGUUUAAAAUGUUGCAGAAAAUUCUAGCUUUAACGGAAAAAUAUUGAGUGAAGAAGAAACAAUUUUCAGUGAAGAUGGAAAAUAAGACGUCAAAUUAUGUAAUCAUAUUGAUAGAAAAUUAUCCACUUCCGAUACUAAUCGAAGAGAACAUAUCUAAAAAUAAAGAAAAAAAUACAUAAAUCACGUGAGAAUAUCAUUAUGCUGUGAUUGCGUGUCUUCUCGAAACUAUAUGCAAUUAAUUAUUAAUGUAAAGAUGUAUAUGAAAAUGUAUAUAUAUUAGAUAGAUAUUGAAACACAAAAAAAACAUGCAAAUUUCUUUUCCACAUUUUUCUUGUUGUUCAAACUCAUGCAGAUUCACGAUCGUCUCAGUCAAGUGAUGUUCCAAAAAAAU